CCCAAACACCCUGUGUGUGUUGUCUAUUCCUAAGCACAGUUGGAGCUUCUGGGAAGAGAUACCAUGAUCUUCACUUCCACAGCCAUGCUCUGUCUGGGACUGACUCUGGGACUCAGGUCUCCAGUGCUGGCAGGAGACCCCUACAGCAAACCUAGGUUGUCAGCCGUGGACAGCGCUGUUGUGAAUGCAGGAGAGACUGUGACCCUUCAAUGUAUAUCAUGGCAGAGAUAUGAUGGAUUUAUUUUGACCAAGGAAGGAGAGCCCAAGUUCUCCAGAACCCUGGACUCACAGUAUAUUUUCACUGGGCAUUUGCAAGCCAUGUUUCCUGUGGGUCCUAUGACCCUCAGUGACAGGGGGACAUUCAGAUGUUAUGGCUACUACAAAAAAGAUCCACAGAAGUGGUCUUUGCCCAGUGACCCCCUGGAAAUACACAUAUCAGGAGCAUCUGAGAUGAUCAACUCAUCAAAAGUCAAGAUAGCCUCAAAACCCCAGGAUCAUACAAUGGACAACCUCAUCCGGAUGGCUAUGGUUGGCUUGGUCUUCCUGGUUUUUGGGAUUCUGCAAUUCAAGACUUUGUACAGCUACAGACGGAUCUGAUAAGCACCUAGGAGAUGAACAGAAGAGACAGCAGCAUCCUUCUUGUUGGCAGAUUCUGAGAAAUAGGUCUGAGGAUUCAAAGGGUUUUUGUAAGAAAAUCUGGGGUUUAUGUUUGAAACUGUUUUCAGUAUUGUUCAGGGAGCAAGUGUGUUUUGGGUUGAAGGAGAGGUCUGGAUGUUGGGGUACAGAGCUUUCUCCUACCAGAUUAAGUUUCUAUUUACUGUGUUGGGAGCUUUUGUUGAGUGAUGCCUCCUCUCUUACUACAAGACACAGGAAAAAUCAUGUCCUAAAGCCUGGUUGGGUUCUUAACCUCAACCAUCUUCUAAUUUCUCUCAGCUUAAUGUAACAUUUUCCUUAAUUAUAUAUCAUCAUAUUCUCCAUUGCACUGUGAGAUUCUGUUUUUUCUAAUGAUAACAAGGUAUCUGUCUCAAUAACAAUAACUAUGAGCAUAAAUCAGAUUCUAGAAAGAAAAAUGACUGAACAAAAAAGUCAAAUCCUGAAACCCUGCAAUUUUCACUACAUGGUCAUUGUAUGGUUUCUCCUAAAAUAUAAAGACUUACCAGCCAUCAACACACUGGUGUUUGAAGGAGUUUUCUAGAAGGGUACUGUUGACAUGGGCUUUGUAAAUAUCAUUUUCUAAACAUGUUCCAAUAUGUGACAUUUAUUGAUUGCUGUAUAUAAUAUAAUCUCCUCCUGGCCAACUUCAUGACAUACACGUAAAACCAUGUAUGAGAAGUUUGGAAAUGAUACGUGAUAUUGAUGUACUUUUAAUCAAAUUUAUCUGUUAAUUGCUGCCACAUGCAAAAGCAAUUAACAUGUAAAUAAAUCAACAUUUAAUGCCUUUGAUAUAAUCAUUUCUUUGGAGACUGGAGAAAUGGCUCAGAGGUUCAGAGCACUGUCUGCUCCUCCAGAGGAUUCUCGUUCAGUUUCCAGCAUCUUCCUGGUGGUUCACAACUCCAGUUCCAUAGAAUCUGACAUCUUCUGGCCUUUGUGGCUAUGAACAUUCAUGCAGAAAAAACACCCCCCCACACACAAACAAAAAUAAAUAAAAUAGGAAAAAUUAAUCACUGCUCAAUUCUAUAAAGUUAAUUUGUAAAAUAAUUUAUAAUGUCUACAUAAACAAUCAUGAAACAAGCAAAAAUGACAGUUGUAUGUCUUGAAAUGUUGAGGCACAGGUGUGUGGGUUCAU